AUGCUGGUGCUGAUGCUUCCUCGUUGCGCGUGGGCUUCCUUGACGUGGACCCGCGUGGGCUUCUCCUCCCUCCUGCGCGGGGGCUUGCAAAGUGCCCGGCUCGGGGUCCUUCCCCCGUUUGCAAAGCAGCUCUGGAGCCCCUCCAUCCGGCGAGCCCAGGAGCCCUUCCCGCUGGACGGCUUCGUGAACCGGGACGUGGAGCUCUUCCACCACGAGCGAUCGCGCUUCUUCCGCAAUGUGGGGCUGUUUUGCUUGAGCCAGUUCGCUUUCUGGCUCUACCUGGCCGACCUCGCUUUUACGACCCUGCGGGAAACGACGGCUGUCCCGGAGAAACCGGGCUCCUCGGAGUCCCCCGAGCGACCCCCAGCCCCGACCCGGCCCUGGCUGGGCAACCUCUUCAACCUGACCUCCGGGAACUUUGGCUCCGCUAAGUGGCGCUACGGCUUCUCCGCCACCUGCGUGACCGUCGGUACGCUGAUCUUUGUGGCAGGCUUCUUCUUCGCGCGACGGUCUGUCAGCCGGAUCCUCCUUCUCCGCGGCAGCCAGGAGGUGACUUUUACGACCUAUUACCUUUUCGGCUACACUUCGUCCUUCACGGUGCCCCUUCGCCACAUCUGCUGCAUGUCCCACCGUUCUGAAGUAGCCGCCAUCAUCCCGGUUAAGAUCAAAGGGAAGCCUUUUUAUUUCUUGCUGGACAAGCAGGGAUCCAUCACCAACAAUCCACUGUUUGACAUCACCGUGGGAGCCUAUCGCGAAUGGUGA